AUGCUCGACAAAAAAUCCGAGUUAAAACUGUUGUAUGUUACACCUGAGAAGAUUGCGAAAAGCAAAAGGUUUAUGGCAAAACUAGAGAAAACCUUUGAAGGUAAAUUUGUGUUAAUGAUGAGUAUAUGAGAGUUUUAGUCCAGGCUGCAGUCCAUGUAAGUUAAAUUCAAGAACUUCAGCCUGAAUCUGUGCCUUUUCUGCAGCAUUAUGCACCAACGAACAAUAUUUCUCUAGAAAAGCUACCAUUUUCCCCUCUCCCAGGGAUACAUUGGUGGCCAAUUCCGAGUCACUGAAAUUGGCUUAAUUUUUUGAUACAGCUUCUUUUAUUUGAUCAGAAGAAGACUUCUUUCAUCAAAUGCAUUUCUGGAAUGUUAUGAUUUUCACAUACAUUUCACUUGUUUGAGUUAUUGACUUCAGAGCAUAUCAAAAAUAAUAUGCCACUGUCAUUUACUUCGUUCAAUGCCUCCACAUCAACUUUUUCCAUCCAAUUUUCUUCAAACUAUUGCAUAAACACUUUCGAGUCCCUCUCUACCUUAAAUAAGGCUUUUGUUUCUUUUAUUAAAUCUUCUAAUGUUCCACACUUUACAAUGAAUGGCUUUCUUCAUUCAAGGUGGUGAAAAAAGACCUAAGAAAAGGAUAAAUUAUGUAUUCAAGCUAAGGUCACAUACUGAAUAAUUCAAACCACAAAAUAUUUUAGCAACAAAUUUUCGAAAGAUUAGCAUAGAAAGAAUCGUAGAUUUCUUGCGAAAGGUACUUUUACUAUGUUAUCGAAGGAAGGCUGGCAAAGGGAAAUUUGUAAGAAAAGGGGAAAACUGUCUCACCUUUCUCUCACUCAGUUGCCAUUUUGGAACAUGUACAGCAGUUCAUACCCAGUCUUCGCAGAGCAAACACUUGUUCAUUUUCAAACUGGGGACAGCUUAGUCGCUGUUACAAAUCCAGUAGGUCUUUCGAAGGUUGACCAAUACUCCGACAAAUUUAUGCAUGGCAUUGUAUUGUAUUGUCUUUAAAUACUGUACAAUACUGAACAAAAACAUGACAAUAGAGAAUAAAGCAAAACAUUAAGAAAUUUAACAAAGCCGUGCAUAAGUUUGUCGGAGUAUUAGACAAGUAUGGGUCAUUCCCUGGGGAUGCUGCUAAAAAAGUACAAAAUCAGUGCAAUACCCCCAUCCCAGGCUAAAAGUUGCCAACAAAUCUCACCAAAUCCUGCGCCAUGCCCGUGUAUGUCCCUGGGUCCCCCCCCCACCCCACCCCCGGGGAUGGCCACUGAUAAGUGCAUUAUUCUCCAGGACAGUGCUCUAGCAACAUUGUCUAGUCCCUGGAGAUUGCCCUGUGGACUUGCUCAUCUCUUGGGCAACUAGAAAAUCCUAGUUUUUGCAUAAAACCAUUAUGCUCUCACUCAUUCGUUUCAUAGGUUCAGAGUUUCAAGCUCAACACUUAUUUGUCUUAGAGCAUAUUUUUGAGACUAUUUUUGAUGUGUGUUUCCCAUGAAAUGCAAGGAGCUGACAAAUCCCCAACUAAACCCUAUAAAGUGAUACACAUAAUUUAUUGUAAUAAUUACAAAAUGUGUCUCACUUUCAAUGUGGAAGAAUUAUUAUUCCACAUAUUCUUUCCCUAUAAAGAAUAGAUAAGAAUUAAAUGAUAUGCAGUUCUUUCAGAGCAGAUUGUGGGGCAAUAUGGAGUUUUUGUGCACAAAGUUUUGAAAUUUGUCUUACUAAUUUAGGAUUUCAAAAUGUCUAUUUUCUGUCCUUUGAUGUUCCUAUGAUAAAUGAAAUUAAUAUUAACCAUCACUGAAAAAUCUAAAGUGUUAUGUAUAUUGUAAAUUUUAUUGUUACGUGAUGUUCCUAAUUUGGACCUUAAAUGAAUGAUAACCACAUUAACUUUUUUUUAAUUUAUGCUGUUUUACUAAUUCUUUUGAAGUAUAAUUAGGAAGUAGAUCACAAUAAUAAUGAAUAUCUCCAUCUGCUAGAAAUUAGUCUUAUCAAGGUGUGAUUUGGGUAUGAAUGUCUUCACCAACUGGAAUGUAUUUUGACAGGUGGCCGUUUAGCACGAAUUGUUAUUGAUGAAGUUCACUGCACAAGUCAAUGGGGUCAUGACUUUCGACCUGACUACAAAAUUCUUGGAAUUCUAAAGCGUCAGUUUCCAGAUGUUCCCAUCCUUGGACUCACAGCUACAGCCACAACAAAAGUUGUAGAUGAUGUAAAAAAGAUCCUUGGACUUCAAGCUGGUUGUGUAAUGUUCAAGGCAUCUUUCAAUAGACCCAACUUGUUUUAUGAGGUUUGGCCUGGAUGAUUUUUAAAUCUGGUUACAAGUUUGUUAAUUUUGUCAGUAUGAUUAUGGUAAUUUCAGUUUCUGUUGAUUAAAGGUGAGACACAAACCAUCAUCUCAUGACAAGUGCAUGGAUGAAAUUCAGGACCUGUUAACUCACAAAUUUCCUGGUCAAUCAGGUAUUCAUACUGACUAUUAUUUUUGUUCUUAUUGGCAAAGAAAGAGUUUCUCAAUUUUGCCCCAAUGAUAUUUAAAAUAAAAGGCAGUCGAUGACUGCAUGUGGCUGAUGCUUUCCUUUUUGUAUAAUAUUGUAGCAAAAAUAUUCAAUUUUGUACAAAACUUCAAAUUCCAGGAAAAGUGCUCACAUUAGGUAUAACUAAUAAUAAUAAUAAUGAUAAACUCACCUCAGCUGAGAAUUAAACCCAGAAGGGGACGCUCGGAAGGCAUGCAACUAUAGCUAAGGUCACACCAUGCUCUUCAUACUAAAUUCACAGUUGACAUUUACUUGUCCCCUCUUACCCCAUGCAGGUAUUGUGUACUGUUUUUCCCGGAAGGACUCGGUGACUAUUGCCUCAAGUUUAAAAUCCCGUGGGAUCAAAGCAGCCUGUUACCAUGGUGAUCUUGAUGGACCUUCUCGCAGUCAAGUGCAUAGGGCUUGGACAAACAAUUCAAUACUGGUACAUUAAACUGUAUUGAUUUUCUUGAGCUUCUAUUCAUUACAUGUCCAUUUUUGUCUCUUAAGACCACAGUAGAACUAGCUUAAUUGUAGAGCGCUUUAUUACAGUGCGGGAGGUUGUAGACUCGUUCACGUUGGCCGAACCAAUAGUCAAGGUCUUAUAGCUACUGAGAAAUGAUGGUACUGCCUUUGCCCUGCAAACGGCCAGACCUUCGCGUGACUCGGAUGACCACGUAAAAUCUCUGUCCCGCCUCCCCUAGGAGACGUUAAAACAGUGUUCUUAAUUAGUGCCUUCACGCUAAAUACUUUGGCACUAAUAAAGUGCGUCUUAUGUGGAAACUACACGUGAAGUACAACUGUGUGAGACUUCUUUGUAGCGUAGCUCCAUAGCUAAGGAAAUGUGGUAAUCUACCCAUCCGAGAAAAUUUGGUAAUCACGUGACCGUACACCGACCGUCCGUCCGCACCACAGGCAUACCAAUGUAAAAUAACUCAAUUAACAGGUAUGGUAACCCAAAUGCAACUCAAGGUUUUAUCUGGAAGGAAAUCACAUGGCCGCCCGGACUUUUAGAAAAAAAAAAAACAAAGUCGUGUCUUUUACGGCGUUAUUUUUUAUGUUUACACUAACGUGGAUAACAGAGAAAGAGCUAGAGCGAGUUAUUGAAAACAAAGGAGACGAGAAAAACAUGGAAAUUCAAAGCGGCGGUGAGAAAAUGAGAAAUGCUAGCGGCAGGCAAGGUGAAAAUGAGCGGCAAUGAAAAAUAAAAGCGAAUAUGAACACAGGAAACAAAAUAUUGGGUAAGCACAUACGACAAUUCGUCCAUAAAAAUAAUGUGUAACUAGGAAGUUUGACGUUUUAGUCGUACCAAACAGCGUUGUAGUCGUGCAAAACAACGGCAAGGAAAAGACAAAAAAGCGUGCUGCACGUGCAAAUUUGUUUUUUGCUAAUUAGAAGAAAAAGUGUGCUGCGCGUGCAAUUUGUUUUUUUGCUAAUUAGAUCUAUUAGUCUUGAAGCCAUUUUCAUUGUCGUCCCCGUUUAGCAUUACACGAUUUAAUUUUUUUUGUUUACGCGUAUUAUUAACCAAAGCUUCGCUUUUAGCCCUGGCUAAAUUUAUAUAUUAACCCUGAAAAGUUUCAUUUAAAGCCGGUUCUUCUUGCGCUUUUGAUUAUUCCAUCUUUUCAGGAAUUAAUUAUAACGUAGGAUUUUUCCCUUUUUGUUUUAGGUCGUUGUAGCCACAGUCGCUUUUGGGAUGGGCAUCGACAAGCCUGAUGUCCGCUUUGUAAUACACCAUUCCCUCAGCAAAUCCAUGGAGAAUUUCUAUCAAGAGAGCGGGCGCGCGGGACGAGAUGACAACAAGUCUCACUGCAUCCUGUUCUAUCGGCCAUUUGACAUCUUUCAGCAAAGCACUAUGGUUUUUACGGAACAAACAGGCAAGUGUUUGUUUUCCAGAAAAAAUUUUACUGUCAUUGGCUUUCGUGUUGUUAACGCGAUCAUUUAGUGACUUGGAUGCGCGCUACUCAUUUAUCAUUCCCAGUCAUUGUUCGGUCACAAAAUUCAAAGAAGUAUCAUAAGUGUACAUUCGAACCUGUCUUGACCAACGGCUGCCUGUCCAUAGAGGCCAGUUGUAUUUGUUCCCGCCGCAGAUACGGUCCGGCGCUGUAGAGUUAACCGCUCCACAAAGGCUACUUUUCUCGGUCCCCAAGAAGGCUGUUGUGGAGAGUUUGGACUGUAUUUCCGAAAACUAAACUAACGAUUCUCGUUGAUUUCCAUUGAAAAAAGAAAUAUACUCAACUGGCAAUUUAUGACUGACGUCUUUAGUACAGCCGUUUAUGGACUCUUUAUAUGAAACAACGAAAGAGCCAAAGCUGCAGUCUCUGUUAGAGAAGUACGAUGAGACUUAAAGCUUGCGUUUCAAUUCUCGUGAAACUACCAGUCGAAAAAGGACAAGUGACUUGAGCAAACGUUUAGAUGACCCCGGAUCGAAAAAUUAUGACCCCAAAGUUUAACUCAUUUGGAGCCAUCCUUAAAUUUGUCUUUAAAGGUUAUUUGUCCAGAAAGAGUGAUAAUUGGAAGGUACUUAAAUCCACUGGCAAUAGAUUCAUAAAGAUUUAAAUACGCAAUUUGUCUAGAGUCUUGCGUAUUGCUAAUGCACUCAGAAAACCAAUGACGUACACUGUAAGUUUUAAUGUGAUGCACGCGUGAUCUGGGACUAGAAUGGACAGUGAUCAGUAGUUAACUGUCAACUACAGUUUUUGAUUUUACUGCAACAGAAGCAUUCAAAACAAAAAUCAUACAGUGUCUAUAAGUUUACUGAAAAGGAAAACAAAUCUGGAAUUGUAAGGGGAUCGACCGGAGUAAGCGGCUAUCAACAAUUCAGCAUAUAAGUUCUGGAUAAUUAUUUUUCAACAGUGGAAUAAAGGUUAGUAUUGUUCAACCGAAGUUAGUUUUUCUAAAUUAAGUUAUUCUGACUAUAAGUAUUUAAAAUUUUGCCACCAAACAUUUUUGACAAUUUCAUUCGAAGUCUUUCGUGAAACAAAAUAAACUGUUUCAGUGAAGUUUAUUGAUCUCUCUUUGCUCAUUUGCAAAACUUUGCUACGGAAGCAUGUUUAAAUCAUGUGUUGUCUGUGGGUAACCGGAACGCUCGGCUCACCAUAUUUUAUUUCCCUGAAAAUGGGCCUUUUGUAAGGAAAGUGGAAUAGAGGCUACUCUUUCUUGUUGUGAACUAGGAAUUCAGGCUGUAAUUUUUAUUGGCUGACGACGAAGAAAUCGUCUUAGGACGUAAUUUGAGAUAUGAGCUGUUCUGUAGGCCAGUUACUGACAGAUCAUGAGACACGCCCUCAAGAAAAGACAAAAACUGUCCAAGUCGCAACAGAUUCCAGCGUUAAAAAAUGUUAUAGUUACCUUAACAUUAUUUUAGCUGACCUAGCGAAACUCUCCGCGUGUUUUCCCCGUUAUUCUUUUCUUAAGAUUUUUCGUCUUGGCCUUUAUCGCGUAUACAUUCAUUCACUACGAGGAUAAAAAAUAAUCUAUACGUACUAUCAUGAAGAUCUUCUUAAGCUUUACCACGAAACGGUUUUAUAUAAGCGUUCAUUUCGAAGAAUGAGCUUAAAGACCCAACAAAAUAUUGCGCAAAUUAAGAAAAUAACCGGUUCGUAGUGUAGUAAAAUAACUAAGAAAAGAAGUUACUGCCUUUGCUCUGCAAUUUGUUAGACCUUCGCGUGGCUCGGAUGACCUCGUAAAAUGGCGGUCUCGUUUAGUAGGAGACGUAAAACAAUGUCCCGAACAGCACUUUCGUGCUAAAGACAUUUGACACUCAAAAGAGCGACGGUUUUUUGUUAUAUUUUAAUUUAUAUUAUUGUUUCUUACCAUACUUUUCUUGGUUCUCUAACUUUAAGAAAACACGUCACUAUUUUUUAUUCUUGCAAUAGUUUAGCCCACAGUUUUCCACGUUCGUCGUUUCCUUUUUUGCUAAUCCGUCUUAGUCGCAUCCAUCGUAAACCAUUCUUGUGUUUUUUCAUUUUGUCACACUAAUAUUUUGAGGUUUUCUUCAAUUUCAAGAAAAGAAUUUCACAUGGUAAAAUCUUUUGACUCAAAAUAUCGUAGCAGAGGUUUUUUAGAGGGGAAUUACUUUGCGUAUAUCGUUGAAUCUCAAAUCUCUUUUUUAACAGGUUUGGAGAAUCUUUAUGGAAUGAUCGCUUACUGUCAAGAUGUUAAAACCUGCCGUCGUGUGCUGAUUGGACGCCAUUUUGGUGAGCGCUGGAACCCAACGGAAUGUCAUGAAAUGUGUGACAAUUGUAAAAGGACUGGUGACCAGUCAGAUGGUAAGAUGUGUCAUAAUGUUUGAGCUCGUGACAUUGUAUGUGCUGUAGCGUAUGGUGAAAUAUGUUCAACGUUCAUAUAAAUGUUUUUUGCCUUGAUAUUGGUUUAUCAUCGAGCAAGUGUUUUCUUCCCUGUAGUCUAUUACUGAAGUUUGUGUCACGCAGAACCAAUUUUGCCUUGAUAUCGGUUCGUAGCGAGUGUUAUCUGCCUUGCUAUUUAAGAAUUAUCCCUCGAGCCCAAAUAGGCUCUGAGUCAACAGCCCAUGAGGCCGAAGAUCGAAUGGGCUAUUGACUCAGAGGCUAUGAGGGCGAGAGGAAUAAUUGUUUUAGUAAAAUCCAACUAGUUGGUCAAAAAUAUCGAGAAUAAAAAAAUUUUAGCUAGUUAAAGCUGGACUGUAAUCCUUUUUUGCCGCCAACAAGCCCGCGCUUUUCGCUACUAGUGGCCUAUAACUUAUAGCCUGGUAGUAGCUCAACCAAUCAGAAGGCAGCAUUGAUAAUAGACCAAUAGUUGGAUUUUACUAAUGAGCUAUAUUCGUUUAUUAGUCAAUUAUUAGAGUAAAAUAAUUUUUUGCCGUGCGGUCUAAUUUUAUACCUGAGAGUGAAUAAAUCCUACCUUGAUGCUCCGGACAUCUUCAUAGUGGUUUGACAGUCGAGCAUAAGAAAAGUUAUUUUUACUUGCAGAUUUUUUUUUUUGCGUGAUGUAAACAUGUUCGGUUUCGUUCAGUACCACUGUAACAAAAUUUUUCUCCCUUGAGAUCGGUUUUUAUACCGUGAUCAAGUAAGUAUAUUUUACCGUGAUGAAAUGUUGCCAUCGCACCUUUUCUCUGAUUAAUCUUGUUGUAUCACAUGUUUUCGAAUUAGCUACAGAACUCAAACGACAAAAGACGAAGUUCCAUUUAUAAAGCUUUCUUCAGAUCGUUUUCAACUUCUUUCUUUCUUUUCAUGUAUUUAGGUCCAACUUCUUUUAAGCGUCGCAACAUAACGAGUUAUUGUGCUGAUGUUCUUAAAAUCCUGGAGCAAGCUGCAUCUCUCUCUGAGCGGGUCACAGCUAACAAACUUGUUGAUGCUUGGUGCGGCAAAGGACAGCCAAGUCUGCGCGUGCGUGACCUUAAGGCUCCAGAUCUGUCGCGCGAGGACUGUGAACGAGUGAUAGUAGAUUUGUUGUUGGAGGGUGUGUUGCGAGAGGAUUUUCACUUUACACCCUAUUCUACCAUCUCUUACCUCUUGCCUGGUCCUAAAGCGGACCUUGUGCGUGCUGGCAAGCAGUUAUACAUGGAUUUUAGAGAGGAUUCAAAACCAGUGAAGGUAAGCCAUCGAACUCAUGUCGCAAAAAACAUUGCCUUUAACAAAUCAGCCACUGUUAUAGUAUGCUGUAAAAUUGCUGUUCGUAAUCACAACUGCCUUUUUAUCAAACCACAACUUGGUCAAAACGUUGUACUUUGAAAAGGACGCCGUAAUGCUGCGACGGUGGUUUGCUAUAAAAAAAGUGUAUUGUAGGAGAUUUCAACCCCUAUGGUCCGUUAGUCUUUUCUUGGUUUGAUACCCCUGGGUACAACAACUACACUUAAGCUUAAAGCUGCCUUGAGAGGGAAAAUCGCGUAGAAGUCGCUCUUCGCUAACAUAUGACCGUCCGAUAGAUUACCAGCCACCCACUGUAUAAUAUCCUCCAGGCAUUAUUCCUGGAUUUCAUUUAAUUUUCGUUUGUUUGUCUUUCCAGACCAGCCAUAAAAGAACCAAGCGUUCAGUGAAUGCGCCAUCAAAUCUUAAAAGAAGGAAGGAAACUAGCAACAGCAAAAGUGGUAGUGAAGGGGGAACCGACGGUAAGAGUGCUAGAGACUCAAUCGAUAAUCAUUCGGAAAUUCCCGAAAAUGAUGACUGCGACGACUUCGUUAGCAGUGCUAAGCGAAUAAAGUCUUCAAAACAAAUUUACGUCUAUGAAUCAGAAGAUGAUGAUGAACUAGUGAUUCUGGACUGA